UGGUCAUGGGUUCCCAGCGCACACUCGGGGCCGGCCGGACGGCGCUGCUUCUGGCGGGGCUGCUCGUGGCUCUGUGGCACCGCUGCGCCGCGAGUUGCCCGGAGAGAGACCUGGAGAACAGGGAAGAGGAGGCCAAAAUAGUUUUGACCGGCACCGUGGACGAAAUAAUCAACAUGGACCCGGUGCACAACACCUACUCUUGCAAGGUCAGGGUGUGGCGCUACCUGAAAGGCAAGUCCGAUGUCAACCGCGAAAUUCUCCUGGACGGCGGCAACAAGUUGAUGAUUGGCGGCUUCGGCAACCCCGGGAUCUGCGACAACCGGGUGGCCACGGGCGACACGCGCAUAUUCUUUCUCAACCCGGCCCUGGAGGCCAUGGGGCCGGAACACAAGAACGAACUCAUGCUCAACUCAAGUAUGAUGAGGAUUACCCUCCGCAACCUGGAGGACGUGGAGCACUGUGUGGAAGACAAACCUCCUCACUUCACGCCGCCGCAGCCUCCUGAUGGCUGCAGAGGGAUGCUGUGCGGCUUCGGCGCUGUAUGUGAGCGUGACCAGGCGGACCCGGCCAAGGCCGAGUGCGUUUGCAAGAGGGUGGACUGUCCGUCCUUGGUGGCGCCCGUGUGCGGCUCGGACUCGUCCACCUACUCCAAUGAGUGCGAGCUGGAGAAGACCCAGUGCAACACGCAGAGGCGCAUCAAGGUUCUGCGCAAGGGGCCAUGCUCUCUGAAGGACCCCUGCACCGACGUGACCUGCAGCUACGGCAGCAGGCACCUGCAAUCCAGUCGUCGGACCGCCUCAGUCGGCGAAGGUGCAUGUGUGCCCUCGGGCUGCGACGGCAGGCGCGAGCAGACGGUGUGCGGCAGCGACGGGGAGGACUACCGCAGCGAGUGCGAGCUCCACCAGCACGCCUGCAAGAACCAGAAAGAACCUGCGGGUGCAGGUACCAGGGGGCCCUGCGACCCGUGCAAAGACAGCGAGAACAACCUGAGCACGAUGUGCCGGGUGGAGGCUCUCACCCGCGAGCCCCUCAUCUUCGCCCUGCCGGAGUGGUGCACCCCGGGCAACGAGCCGCUGUGCGCCAGCGACGGCCAGACCUACCGCGAGUGUGCCAUGGGAGCAACGGGCAUGCAGAAAGGCAUCAAGCUCCGGAAGAUCCACGUGGGCCGAUGCAGGAGGCUGGAGCACUGCCAGGAGGAGUGUCUCUUCAACGCCCUGUGCGUGGUGGAGCAGCAGAACGCCCGCUGCUCCUGCGACCCCAUCGAGUGCGACGGCACCUACAAGCCCGUGUGCGGCAAGGACGGACGCACCCACACCAACGACUGCGCCCGGCACAAGGCCGAGUGCCUGGGCAAGACCCUCAUCCCCAUCAAGCACCCGGGGCCCUGUGAUCUCAGCAUACCGAGCCCCUGCCGGGAGAAGGUGUGCGACCACGGGGCGGUGUGUGUGGUGAAGAACGACGAGCCCGUGUGCGAGUGCCCCGAGGCCUGCCCGCAGACCUCCGACCCCGUGUGCGGGUCCGACGGCCACAGCUACGGCAGCCCCUGCGAGAUGCGGGCGAUUGGCUGCGCCCUGCAGAGGGUCAUUCACAUCCAGCACAAAGGGCUCUGUGAUGAGGCUUGUGCCAACUGCUCCUUCGGGGCAAUCUGCGAUGAACAGAGCGCGAAGUGUGUGUGCGCAUCAGAGUGCGUGGACUCCCACCAGGCCGUGUGCGGCAGCGACGGCGGCACCUACGGCAGCGAGUGUGAGCUGCACGUGCGGGCCUGCCAGCAACAGAUGGACCUCCGAGUGGUCAGCCAGGGAGAGUGCAAAACAUGCGGCAGCGCUGUUUGCGCCUGGGGGGCCCGGUGCGUCCAGAACAAGUGCGAGUGCCCACAGUGCUCCGGCGAGGCCUUCUCCCCGGUGUGCGGGAGCGACGGCACCACCUACGACAACGAGUGUGAACUCCGCACGUCCUCCUGCAUGCAGAGGAGGAGAAUCGAGGCGGCGAAGCCCGGCAGCUGCGAUGAAGACUGCGGCUCAGGAGGGUCGGGCUCGGGCGCGGAGAGCUGCGAGCAGGACCGCUGUCGCGUGUUCGGAGGCUCGUGGGACGAGGACGCGGAGGACGACCGCUGCGUCUGUGACUUCAGCUGCCACAGUGUGCCACACAACUCGGUUUGUGGCUCUGAUGGAAAGAAUUACAGCAACGAGUGCCAGCUGAAGAAGGCCAGAUGUGAGAAACAAGAGAACUUGUUGAUUCAGAACCAGGGACCCUGUGCAGCAAUUUCAGCCACAUCUCUGCCCGAGCCGACGCCCCCCCAGCACUGCAGUCUGUCCGUGUACGGCUGUUGCCACGACAACUCGACGGCUGCCCUGGGAGUCGGACUGGCCGGAUGUCCCAGUACCUGUCAGUGUAAUGUCUACGGCUCCUACAAGGGGACAUGCGAUCCGGCCACGGGCCAGUGCUCCUGUAAGCCGGGAGUCGGGGGACAGAAGUGCGACCGCUGCGAGCCGGGCUUCUGGAACUUCCGUGGCAUCGUGACAGAGAACAUGAGCGGCUGCACACCGUGCAACUGCGACGCCACAGGCUCGGUCCGGGACGACUGCGAGCAGAUGUCGGGCCUGUGCUCCUGCAAGACAGGAGCGAAGGGCAUUAAGUGCAACGUGUGUCCAGACGGAAGCAAGAUGGGCAUGUAUGGCUGCGACAAAGGUCCCGAGGCCCCGGCGUCAUGUGACGACCUGGUGUGCAGCUUCGGAGCCACUUGCAUUGAGGUGAACGACCAAGCCCACUGCGAGUGCCCCCCGCCCGACUGCGACGAGAGAAACAAAACCAAGGUGUGCGGCUCGGAUGGGGUGACCUACGCCGACCAGUGCCAGCUGAGGACCAUCGCCUGCAGGCAGGACAAGGACGUCGCGGUCCAACACUUUGGACAGUGCACAGAAACCAUCUCUGAGCCGGCAGACCGACCCACCCCCAACCCCCCCGCCACCGCCGCCACCACCAUCACCACCACCCCGGCACCAUUCCACCCAAACAUGGUGGAGGCCCUCCCGCCUCCGAGGACGGAAGAGACCGAGACCACCGGGCGGCCCCCGGCCACCACCCACUCCUCCACCCUCAUGCACAACCGAGCAAACUCCAUCCACAACCAGCCCCCGCAGCCCGACGCCGACACCGACUCCUCUCGCGGCCGCCCCGCUCCCUCCGCCACCGCCGUCAGGUCCUUCGAGGACUCGGGCAGCGGCGAGCCAAGCGGGGACGAGCAGAUCGAAGAAGAGGAGGAGGAGGAAGAGGAAGCAGGUAGCGGCAUCCCAACGGAGGCCAGUGGGGCCGAGGAGCCUGUCGGUCCCACGCUGGCAAGCACCGUCGUACCCUCGGCUGAGGACAGGUCGUCCUGUGACAACGCGGAGUUCGGCUGCUGCCCCGACGGCAGGACGCCGUCCAGCACCCCGGAGGGCGCCAACUGCCCCCCCACCAUGAGGUUCAGCGGGUUCUUGCACUUGGACCAAGUGGAGGGCCAGGAGAUCUUCUACACCCGCGAGAUGGAGGACCCCAAGUCGGAGCUGUUCGGAGAGACGGCCCGCAGCAUCGAGAGCGCCCUCAACGAGUUGUUCAGGAAGUCGGACGCGCACAAAGACUUCUUGAGCGUCCGGGUCCCAAACCUGGCGCCCAGCAACUCCAUCCUGGCCUUCGUGGAGGCCAACUUCAAGCCAGAUACGAGAUACACGGUGGAGGACAUCAAAGGAGCGCUGCUGAAACAGCUGAAGGCCUCCAGAGAGACCAGCAUCGCCGUGAAGAAGCCGGAGGACGAGAACAUUCACUUCACCAAUUAUGGCCUCUCCUCCAUCCCCUUAUUCACCACCACCACCACCACUGCGGCGUCAGUCACCACAGCUGCCCCCACCCCGACCACCACCACCAUCACCGCCACCGCCGCCACCACCGCCACCACCGCCACCACCGCCACCACCGCCACUACCGCCACUACCGCCACUACAACCACCAGGCCUCCGCCGACCUCCCCGUACAUCACCCGCCGCCCGCCAGGCACAAGCCGCAGGCCUCACAACGGCAGGCGUACCACCACCACCUCCGCGCCGGUCACCACACCGCUGCCGACCACCUCCACCACCAUGGCGGCAGUCACCACGACCGCGCCGCAUCCGGCGACCACCGCCGCUCACGUCAGGGGCAGGCUCCACCACAAGCCGCAGAAGCCCUGCAGCUCCCACCCGUGCCUCCACGGGGGCACCUGCGAGGACGACGGCAACGACUUCAGCUGCAAGUGCCCCGCCGGGCGAGGAGGCUCCGUGUGCGAGAAGGUGAUCCGAUACUUCAUCCCGUCGUUCGGGGGCCAGUCGUACUUGGCGUUCCAGACCAUGAGCGCCUACCACACGGUCCGCAUCGCCAUGGAGUUCCGGGCGUCGGAGAUGAGCGGCCUCCUGCUCUACAAUGGCCAGACGGGCAAGAAGGACUUCAUCUCCCUGGCUCUGGUGAACGGCAAGGUGGAGCUCAGGUUCAACACGGGCUCGGGCACCGGCACCGUGGUCAGCAAAGUGCAGGUCACUCGGGGCCGCUGGCACCAGCUGGUGGUGACGCGCAACCGGCGCAACGCCAUGCUGAGCGUGGACAACGAGCCGCACAUCGAUGGCGAGAGUCCGCGCGGCACGGACGGCCUCAACCUCGACACCGACCUGUUCAUCGGCGGGGUGACCGAGGACAUAAAGCAGGAUGUGAGGGAGCGGACAGCGGUGGCCACUGGCCUCGUGGGCUGCAUCCGCUUGCUGGACGUCAACAACCGGAUGCUCAACCUGCAGGAGAGCGGCGGCGACAGCACGUACGGCAGCGGCGUGGGCGAAUGCGGCAACAACCCCUGCCAGCCGAAUCCCUGCAAGAACGGCGCGGCAUGCCAGGUCAAGGAGGCGGAGAUGUUCCACUGCAAGUGCAGCAAAGGAUUCUGGGGUCCAACCUGUGCCGACGUCCAUGACCCAUGUGAGCCCAACAGGUGCCAUCUGUCCUCCCAGUGCCAGGCGCUGCCCGAGGGAGGCUACAAGUGCGAGUGUCCCAUGGGGCGUGAAGGGAGGCACUGCGAGAAAGUGGCUGAGAGGAGAGGGGCUUACAUGCCACUGUUCAACGGAGACUCUUACCUGGAGCUGAAGGGGCUCCAUCUCUACGGGCAAGAUCUGCGCCAAAAGGUCAGCAUGACGGUGAUUCUCAUGGCCAAUGACUCCAACGGGUUGAUCUUCUACAACGGCCAGAAAACGGACGGGAAAGGCGACUUCAUCUCUCUGUCCCUCAACGACGGCGUCCUGGAGUUCCGCUACGACCUGGGGAAGGGACCCGCUACCAUCAGGAGUAAGGAACCGAUCCAGCUGAACGUGUGGAACACCGUGAACCUGGAGCGCUCCAACCGCAAAGGAGAGAUCUUGGUGAACAAGAAGGACCCUGUCCGAGGGGAGGCGCCGAACCUGCACGUAGAUCUUAACCUGAAAGAGUCUCUGUUUGUGGGCGGAGCUCCCGAUUACAGCCGACUGGCGAGAGUGGCCGCGCUCACGGAUGGCUUCAAGGGGACGAUCCAGGAGAUCAUCCUGAUGGGUUCCCCCAUCCUCAGAGAGGAGAACGCCCUGCGCUCCAGCGACGUGGCCAUGUUCCAGGACCACCCGUGUUCCCAGAAGCCCUGCCACAACGGCGGCCUCUGCAAGCCCGUGCUGGACAACUACGAGUGCCUCUGCCUGAAUGGUUUCAGAGGGGAGCGCUGUGAGAACACCGUCUACGAGAAGGCCGCCGGAGAGACCGAGGCCAUUGCCUUUGACGGGCGGACGUUCAUCGAGUACCACAACGCGGUCACGAAGAGCGAGAAGGCCCUGCUGGUGAACAAGUUUGAGCUGAGCGUCCGGACGGAGGCGACCCAGGGCCUGGUGCUGUGGAGCGGGAAGGGCGUGGAGCGCUCCGACUACAUCGCCCUGGCCAUCGUGGACGGACACGUCCAGAUGACGUACGACCUGGGCUCCAAGCCCGUGGUGCUGCGCUCCUCGGUGCGCGUCGACACCAACCGCUGGAUACGCAUCAAGGCCAGCAGAGCGCUCAGAGACGGCUCUCUACAGGUCGGCAACGAGGCAGCCGUAACGGGGUCAUCGCCUUUGGCAGCGACACAGCUGGACACGGACGGAGCGCUGUGGUUGGGCGGUCUGGAGGAGCUGGCGGUGGCGCGCCGGUUGCCCAAGGCCUACAGCACCAGCUUUGUCGGCUGCAUCAAGGACGUGGUGGUGGACGGCGUGGAGCUCCACCUGGUGGAAGACGCCUUAAACAGCCCCAAAAUAUUACACUGCUCCGCCGCCAAAUAAACCAGCAGAGACAGAAUAUAUUGAGAGAAACGGAGAAAAGAAAAAGAAAACCCUCCCACUCGCUCCCUCCAUAGCGCCCAUGUCUCCUGCUGUAAUUAUUUUCUAUUUUUGUAUACUUUUCAUCGCUUUUUAUAUGGAAAGAGAAUGAAUAUGUUUUAAUUUUUGUUUGAUAUAUUUUGUUCAUUUUUAAAAAAAAUUUAUCUGCAACUCCAUAAACAGAAACACACUUUUUCUUUCUUUUUCUUUUCUUAACUGCCCCUGGCCCUCCAUCUUUUUUUCAAAACGCAGACAUCUCUGUGAGAAUUUUUUUAUUCUUGUCAGUUUUGUUGUUUUAAAACAAACGCCAACUUACAAAAAAAGAAGAAGAAGAAGAAACGCCUGCUCCUUUUUCUCGCUCAUUCCUUGAACACCGAUGAUCUCUGGUUACUGCCUUG